AUGACGUCGACCUACACUCAGCUUGCCAAAGUGGUCCAAAAGUCAAAGGCCUCGAUGCAAUUUACACUUAACGACAUCGAAUGUCAACCCGCUGCAAUUGGUACAGCCGUCCAAGCAAUUAAGGCGCAGCUUAAACAGCUUAGAGAGAAGUUGAAACAUGACGGUAAAGAUGAUGUCAUUGAACGGUUAACAGAUUUGAGAGACGUUGGUCUCGACGGUAAAAAUUCUUGGACAUCGAAUGGUAAACCUCUCAGUGGUCUCGGGAGAAUUGAGAGUGAGCUUAACACUGAAAUUAACAAGUUGCCUCAACAAACCGGCAUUAUUACCGCGGCCAUCGACGCAAUUGAGUGGGAACUCAGAAUUAUCGGAGUUAAGUUGGAUCAUAAACACACCCAUGAUGACAUCAUCGACCGGUUGGAGUGGUUAGGUAGGAAACUGGGGAAGAAUGCAAAAAAGGAUCGCGUCAAUCUUCAAACCAUUUAUGAAGUGAUUAGUUGGGUGCAAGAUUGGCCAUUUACUCAGCAUCCCAACACUAUCCAAACAGCCAACAACCUUAUUAAACAAGAACUCACUGCCCUCCAAGGUGUGUUGCAUGGCACUGCAGGCAGUGAUGUCAUUGCAACACUGAACGAUUUGAAGGGCAAUGGACUAAGUGGUGUUAGGUGGGAUGAAAAUACACAAGGGAAAAAUAAAAGCCUUAAAAGCAUCGAAAAUGAACUUGGACGUCAACAAAAAACGUUGAAUGACCAACCGCCUCAAAUCACUGCCGGCGUCCAAGACAUCACCGGUGAGCUUACAAGGCUUAGAAAUGAGGUCUUGCAAAAAGAGGUUAUUAACAAAUUAAAUACAUUAAAAACUGAUGGCCUUGGCAGCAAACAAACUUGGACAAUUGACAGUCAUAAGGCCACAGGCCUCACUAAAAUCACCACGGACAUCGAGACCAUAAAAACCAGGGACGUUAAAGACGUGAAGGAGAGACUCAAGGAGCUGUGCACGGCGAUUAGGCACAUUGCAAAGGACGCCGCGUUCACCUUGAAGGAAGUGAAAGAGAAGAGCCUUAAUGAGCUUACGAAAAUAAAAGACAAAUUUAGUGAUCUGCUGAGCGAGCAGGUGAGGGGUGUGAUAAGAGAUGUGAGAGCCUUCUUAAGAUUCCUCGACAACGGCAAGGCGCAAAUAAUCCGUGACCUCCACGCAUACGUCGACAAAGAAAUAAAGGCAGCCGAAGAGACAUUGAUCGGGGAGGCACGCCGGCAAUAUGUCUCCAACAUCAAGGAGCUUUUGAAGUUGUUCGCCCAGAAGGUGGGAGAGGAGCUGGAGGAUUUGCCGUGGGAGAUCGACAGGGACCUGAGACUGGAGUACAAGGGCCUUAUGGCCCGAGUGGAGGACGGCCUGCAAAAUGACCUCAACGUCGAGAAACUCAAGGAAGUGAAGAGCCUCCCACCGCUGUCCUCCGCUUUCAUGCGUUUCUACUCGUCACUCGAGGACCACGUGGACAGGGAGAUAAAUCGGUUCCACGACGAGGAGCAGAGGAAGAGAAAUCCCAAACGGCAGGACGGACAGGAGUAUUCCACUAGGCUCUCCGUGGUAAACGAGGCGUUCCACACAGUGCUCACGUACCUCAAGGACAACGAUACCUUCGACCACAGACUCCAAGCGCUGCUCCGCAACCUCACCGACGCGCUGAGUCACCUGCGACCUGAGAGCUUCGCCAGGCCCUCUACCCCCGUGCUGGACGGCCUGGUGGAGGGGCUCACAAAGUUCGCCGCCGAGUUCACAUGUGCGUACGUCUCAAGAUACGCCGGGCAGACGUUCACCGCUGCCUUGGUCGAAAAUGAGACCCUCACCGAGACCGUAAGAUCCCAAGGCACAAAGUCCGUCACCGUCAGAAACGUUACAAAGCUGACGCCCUACGGCGCCAUGUGCGCCAAGGUCUUCCUCACCACGCUGCCCACACUGUGCGACGCCUUCAACAGGCUGGCGGAGCAGUGCGGCAAAGGCGGCGCCGGCAGCUGGAGGGACUACAACAUCAAUUUGCGCAACGGACUCGGCGCUUUCCUCCACCGCUGCGGCUACAAGGUCUCCACCUCCCACACUCAGCAGGACGGCGAGCUGCGCGACGACUGCAACGGUCGCGACGUGUAUGUCCUGGUCAGCCAGAAGAUUGAGGAGACAGAGAACAACGCACACCUCAAAAAAUGCCUGUCCCUCCAACACGGCUGUAAUCUCUUAGAGCUCCUCAAAUGCCUCUCCACGCACCUCACUGAGUAUUAUGAGACGUGCCACCUCAAGGUGCAUCCCUCACCCCGGCCGCCGUGUUCCAUCUACGAGAUGCUCACAUGGUGCUGCGGGCUUACGUACAACGCCGUGUACCUGGGCCUCAACUCCGAAGCGCUGCCCUCGCUGUUCGAGGCGGAUGAGCAGGACUCCGGGGACUCCGGAGUGUCCCUCACUGACCUCGGCAGCCUGGCGCUUAAGGCCCACCCGCAGAGCAUAACACCGGCGUCCCUCACCGACGCACUCACAGAGGUGUGCCAUAAAUCGCAUACUGUGCUCACCACCCUACUAGGCUUCGGCCACGCAGGUGGCAUCUACGCCGUCGACUUCAACACCAACCCGGCAGGCCUCCUCUACCCCGGCGACGCCGACGCUUUGCUCUGCCUGCUCUUCGACGUCCUCAGACGCCUCCACCACCAGCUGUAUCUCCUCUACCGCCGCUGCCUCUACAACGCCCGGCACGGCGGAUGGCUCGACUGCUGGUACGGCCGCGGCGUCGGUGGCUCCAGUUGGAAGUGCAACACCAUGCAGUGUGCCAACCAAAUGUGUGACCAACAGUGCAACCAAACACAUGACCAAAUAUGUAACCAAAGAUGUGACCAGCAUCCCAAGUGCGGCGUCAAGUCGCCACUUCAAUCAUUCCUCGAGGACGGCCUUGUGGGCUUCCUGCCGCAUGACGUGUCGGCAGAUGGCACCUGUGUCUCAUGCCCCGCCUGCGACACCACGUCACCCGGCCUGCCGUGCAAGACGCCCAUGGGCCUUGCCAAUAUUACCAGGCUGGCCUCCCGUGCCUCCACAGGCCGACGCAUCAUGGACGUCCUCGGCGCCUUCUGCGGCGGCGCAUCGUCGCCCCUCACCAGGCUCUGCAGCUCCCUGAGCUGCCUCUUCACCCGCCCGCCGCGAACGCCAGACGACCUGUUCGCCUUCUUCUUCAACUUCAUAUGUGAGUGGCGCAGUAGCGGCGAGCACCGUAAGGCGGCCUUCGAUGACGCCGUCGGCGCUGCGUGCUUCCGGCAGCGGGGCGUCACACUGGACGUCAGUACAAUCUUCCGCACCAGUGACCAUGGCAUUGCUACAAAUAUGCCUCACCUCACCGGAGAUCUCUUCUCACUCGUCGAGUGCAACGGCACUCCACACUCCGCUCCGUCACACCCCUGCGGCCCCUACCUCAAGCCUCUGAACCACGACGUCCGCGCCACCUUCGCCAGGGAAUACGCUCACCUCUACCUAUCCUGGGUGGUGUACCUCACGGAGACUUUCUACGACCUGCUUAAGCAACUGCUCCAGGACUGCGAGCGCACCUGCGCCGACUCCUCAGCCACCUGCCACGCCAGGAGCUGCGACAACCAAUGCACAGCCAAGCGACGGCCACUGGCCCCGAGCUCCGAGCACCAUGAUUCAUGCCCCUCCAUCGUGGACUGCGACUCCAUCACGCCCACACUCUUCCACUACGGCUUCGCGCUCAGGGACGCCCACAGCCUCGCCGGAUCCACCAGCGGCCACCAAGGCAAGCGGACCUGCGAGGAUUUCUGCAUGGCCCUCCAAGUCGCCGUCAAGCAAAUGAACCCUCUCCACAAGCUGGCGCACGAGACCAUCCCCGAGUACCUCUAUCGCAUCCGUGCCCCCUUCCUCUUCUGCCUCAUCGCACUCUGGCUCAUCGCCACGCUCUACAUCCUCCACUCACUCAUUUACCGCAUGGACGUCCUGCGCAUCCGCUCCCACCUCCUCACCACCAAGGCCUCCCACCUCAUCGACGUCAAGGCGCUGCUCUCCACCGGCCGCAGGAUGCUCUCGCUCUACCGUGACGUUGAUUACUUCGACGACGACCUUCACUCAUGA